AUGAUGGCCAGUGAUGACAAGAAGUUCACAUCUUUCCAGCGGGCUAUCCAGAAGUCAUUGGAGCGCUGCAAGAGCAAGGGAGAGGAUAGCAUUGUGCUGGAGAUUGGAUGCGGUGCAUAUGCUCCCUUCGCAAGAUGGUGUGCUGAAGCAGGGGCCAAGCAGGUUUUCGCCAUCGAGGGCAACAGCUGGGCAGCUGCACGUGCUGCAUCUUUGACUCCGGACACAGUGCAGGUCUUUGCAGGUCUUUCACAACAGUUGCAACCGGAGGAACUCCCUCAAGAACCCAACGUGGUCGUCAUGGAAACCAUCGGAGAUUGGGCUGCCAAUGAAUUCAUGGUCAGCACUUUCCUUGAUGCAUCUGGCAGACUGUGCUCUCGGAGCGCAAGAUGGAUACCUGGAAGGGUGCGAACAUGCUAUAUGCCAGUGCAGAUUCCUCCCUGGGAAUGCAAGAUACCUCCUGGGCUUUGGUUGCUGGGAAGUGAUGCAAAGUGCAGCAGGCUGGCCUUGUCAGAAGCUGCCACUCUGGAAUCGUACGACUUCAACAGCUGGAAGGAGGCUAUGCUUUCCCAAGAAAGGCAAGCACAGUUCAAGAUCACUUCUUCUGGCUCUUUGCAGGGCUUUCUGAUCUGGGUUGAGGUUUUUCCAUCUGGAGAUGAAAGCGACUGCCUGAAUUCCCUGAUUGACAUCGACAUCAGUUGGAGCGCAAUGCUCUUGGCACUCCCGAAAGCUGUAGACGUCGUUGCUGGCAAAGUCCUGACUUGCAGAAGCCAUGUUCGGCCUGACACUGCAGACGGGCCAUUGCUUCACCUAGAGAUGCCCUGGGGAGAGAGUGGAAACCAGACGCUUCAAUUCGAUUGGAAUCUAAAAACGGGAGCAAAGUGGAUAUUGCCUGAAGGACAGGAAAUAUCGUUUGCGGACCAACCUGAGGAUAUCCUGAGCCCAGAACAAGAAUUUCUGUGGGAGUUGCUCGGGCCUCCAUGA